AUGAAUAAAUGUAAACCAAUAUUAACACCAAUGGAGAAGAAAUUAAAAUUUGAAGAAAAAAGAACAACAAUGAAACCAUAUCAUGAACUUGUGGGAUGUUUGAUGUAUGUGAUGAUUCAAACCAGACCGGACCUUAAUACAGCAAUCAAUUAUUUUAGCCGACAUCAAUCUAAAGUCACUGAAGAUCAUUUCAAUCACUUGAAAAGAGUAUUAAGAUAUUUAAAGGGCACUAUUUAUUUUGGAAUAACCUACAUUAAGAACAAUAACAUACAUCCACUUCAAGGUUUUGUCUAUGCUGAUUUUGUUAACGAUAUUGAUGACUAA